GGACAAUAAAGAAAUGCAGCUACUGCUGAGCCUUGUACAGGGAAUCCUUGCAGCUUUUUGCUGUGAUGCAUGGUGGGGUACAAGAGCCCUUGGGAAGGUGGUGGUGGUCUGAAAGCUGAUUUCUUUGACUGUAACUGUGGCUACUUCCAUAAUUCACACAAAUGUUCCCAGUGAUGCUUCCGCCCGAUUAGAGGUAAAGAGUUUCCUUGUUAUACUGGGCUAACCUCAUUAAGGAAAAUACAGGAAACUUCCACUGUUUGCAGUAGAAGGUGUUUCUUUCCCAACUGUGUGUUGCAAUAACCUUAGGGUGAUAGAGGGGAACAGGGCAAAGCUGCUGUCUUGUCUGAGAAAUGUUGGGAGAGAGGGUGUGCAUGUUCUUGUAGGGAAACGCAGAGAGAAGACCAGCCCACUCAUUCAACACACCUUUGGAAAGCACUGCGUAGCAGGUACCUCUGGGCAGCAGCAGCAGAGCCUCUAUUGCUCUCAGGCAUCUCACCAUGUGGUUUUUCAGGAGAAGGCUUCCUAAAAUUCCCAGAGCCUUCAUUUGGCUCGUUGUUUUAAUACACUUUUUCAUCUUCAUUGCUAAUUUCAGCUCCUUGUUUGGCCUGUCAAAGACAAGGAUUUUCAGUAUUUGCUUUUCCUGGUGGCUCCCAGAAGGACCUCAUUCAGCCCUAGUCCAGAUUGCAUUGCUGGACAUUGAAUUUGCUGGGAUACCUUCGAAUUUAUGGCAUUUAAGCAUUUUCCAACGUGCCCGAGAUAUGAUACAAGCAGACACCCAAGAGCAACAAGGUUUAAACUAUUCUGAUAAUGGGAACUCAAAGAGCUUUUUAAAGGUGACUUUGGAAACAGACAUCACAAGACUUCAACAAGAUAUGGUUGAGAGGACACCAAGAUGGGAAAGAAAGGAGGAGCAGAAGAAGAUGAAACCAGUUGCCGGGGUGGAGGAAGCCAAGGAGAACAUGACUGUGAAGCCACCCCCUGGGAUGGAGGGAGUUAAGAAGACAGCAGUGAAAAAAGUCCCUAGGGUGCAGGGAAACAAGGAGAAAACUACAGUGAGACCAGCCCCAGGGGUGGAAGAAGCCAAGGAAAAGACAAUAGUGAAACCACUUCCCAGGGUGGAGGGAGCCAAGGAGAAGACAACAGUGAAACCAUCCUCUGGGGUAAAGGGAGCUCAUGAAAACAACGUAUCCAAAGACCAAACAAAGCCAAAAGAGCCUCCUGCAGCAGUGAAAACUGUAAGACCUGUUCCUCAGGCAGCUGCAGUGACAGAAAAGAAGAAACUGAGAGCUGCUGACUUCAAGUCUGAGCCGCGGUGGGAUUUUGAGGACAAGUACCUGCUGGACAACUCAUCUCCACCAUCGACCUGCUCUGAAUCAGUGAGGGCCAAAGCUGCCAAGUCUGACUGGCUGCGAGAUCUUUUCCUGCCCAACAUCAUGCUCUUCACAGACAAGAGAUACUUCAGUGACAGUGAGUGGGACCGCCUGGAGCAUUUUGCACCUCCAUAUGGCUUCAUGGAGCUGAAUUAUUCACUGGUGAAGGAGGUCAUGUCCCUGCUGCCUCCGAAUCCCCACCAGCAGCUGCUCCUGGCCAAUGGCAACAGCAGCAUGCCAACAUGUAUCAGCUGUGCUGUCGUGGGGAAUGGAGGAAUAUUGAAUAACUCUGGGAUGGGCCAGGAGAUUGACUCCCAUGACUAUGUCUUCCGGGUGAGCGGGGCUGUAAUCAAAGGUUACGAAAAAGAUGUGGGAACAAAAACCUCCUUUUAUGGAUUCACAGCCUACUCCCUGGUGUCCUCUCUCCAGAUCUUGGGACAUAGAGGUUUCAGCAGCAUCCCACGGGGAAAACAUGUCAGAUACAUUCACUUCUUGGAGGGAGAUAGAGAUUAUGAGUGGCUGAAGGCUCUUCUGCUGAACAAAGACAUCAGGAAAGGAUUCUUGAAUCACUAUGGGCAGAGGCCCCGGGAGAGAUUUGAUGAAGAUUUCACAAUGGACAAAUACCUGGUGAUUCACCCUGAUUUCCUCAGAUACAUGAAAAACAGGUUUUUAAAAUCUAAGACUCUGGAAAAGCCCUACUGGCGGCUGUAUAGACCCACAACAGGGGCCUUCCUGCUGCUGACUGCCCUCCACCUCUGUGACCGGGUGAGUGCCUACGGCUACAUCACGGAGGGUCAUGAGAAAUACUCAGAUCACUACUAUGACAAGGACUGGAAACGUCUGAUUUUCUACACUAACCACGACUUCAACCUGGAGAAGCAGGUGUGGAAAAAGCUUCAUGAUGAGAAUAUCAUGAAGCUUUACCAGAGAUCCUGAUCGUGUGACAAGGGCCAUUGCCUGGGAAGUCUCAACAGCACCUCACUGGGAAUGGAAGAGGACCACCAAAGCCAAGGUUAGCUCUGAGCUUCCAGGCACAUUUCAUCCCCACAAAGAUACUUACCUCCUUCAGCACCCCUAUUCUCUCACGACAUUUCUACAAAUGUGCAAAUGCUACAGACCAUGAGAACAGCAAGAAAAAUGCAGCACACCAGCAAAGAACUCUCAUCUGGCUGUGCUGCAAGACUGUUGCUGAUGGUUGUAGACACUGGUGUUGGGGGAGAAGAAUCCAGGAUGGAUCUGGAUAGCAUAUGGUCCAGUGUCCUGUAUCUUCAUUCAGGUUUUCUCUCUGUGCAAGGAGAUGCUCCUCAGGAUGGGGGCUCCUUCUGUUCUGGGUGGAUCCUCUCCAUCAGUGAUGCCCGUCUUGGGGCUGGGUGUACUGUCUAAGCAAGCUCCCUCAGCAGCCAGCGAAUGGAGGUGGACACAUGGAUCCUGCCUUAGGUUGACUUCAUUCCUGGAGGUGCUGCUCUCACUUUGCUCCCUGCAGAUAGAAAAGAUGACCUGGACACUUUCAGGUGACUAAUUUGAGAGAGGAUGAGUCUCACUUCUGCUCCCCAGUGUGGCCUCAUCAUGACACCUCGGAAAGAGCAGCACCAUCAGCUCGAGGGCAGGCCAGUGCUCUCGGUGGCACAGCAGGCAUACCAGACUUAGUGCCUCUUGCUCUGGGGCUCCCCCAGCUGCAGGACGUGUGAAUGUUGUGUCGUGGUCCUGAUGUGCCAAGUCCUUGUUUAGCUGGAAUUUCACAUGCUCGGCUCCCAGCUGUGCCGGGAGAGCCGUAUUUGCCCUCUUGCCAGGGGAGGGAGGAGCUCUCCAAGUCCAGGGGUGGGUGCUGUCCGUCCUUGCUGCUGGCUGGAGUGCCUGUGCACCAUCGUGCUGAGAGGAGCCCCGUUGCAGCCAGCCAGCCUGCAGCGUAUUGGCCUUCCUAAAGGGGUUUUGCAAGCAAAAUAAAUGGCACUACUUUGGCUGAGCUGAUUUUUCAUUGCAGCCCUGUGGGUUGUGGUUAUUUUGUGUGCAUCUAAAGCAGCUGCUUAAAGGCUGAGAUAGUGGAUGAUGAAGCCAAGAAGGGUCAGGACUGAGUGUUAAUGAGAGCACCUCCACCUGCAGGUGCUCUGCAGCUUGUGUGGACGUACUUGGGCAUCCCCAACUUGUUCACCUUGCUAUCACAGGAUGGG